AACGCGCAUGCUCCGUACCGCUCCAUGAGUGCUGUUUCGGCCUCUUUCGGGACUGGCCGUACAUUUUCGCCUCUUUGUUUUACUGAUAGUGGAUUUAACUCGGAUUCGACCCAAUAUCCAGCGGGCUGUACUGUACCCAAACAGGUGCUGAGGAGGGGUGUUCCAUGAUGAGGAGCUAGCGGUAAACGACGUCGGCCACGUCAGCAGUGCACAUCAACAGGAACGCUAGUGGUCGCCACGACAACCGCAGUGUCCACAUGGCGGCGCUAGGGAACCCCGACAUGCUGACCAGGAAGAUCAAGUUGUGGGAUAUCAACGCCCACAUCACCUGUCGGCUGUGUGAGGGAUACCUGAUCGAUGCUACCACGGUUACGGAGUGUUUACACACCUUCUGCAGGAGCUGUCUCGUGAAGUACCUGGAGGAGAACAACACGUGUCCGACCUGUAGAAUCGUGAUUCACCAAAGUCACCCGCUGCAGUACAUAGGACAUGACAGAACAAUGCAAGACAUUGUAUACAAGCUCGUCCCAGGAUUGCAAGAGGCGGAGAUGAAGAAGCAGAGAGACUUCUAUCAGAAGUUGGGGAUGGAGGUUCCUGGGGACAUCAAAGGAGAGCUGUGCAACAUGAAAACCCCCCUGGACCAACGGAAUGGUGACGCAAAAUCAGAGGAGACGACAAAUAAGGAGGCCGGGGAAGAGAAACCAGAGGAGGACAACGACUAUCACCGUAGCGACGAACAGGUGAGCAUCUGUCUGGAGUGUAACAGCAGUAAGCUGCGGGGCCUGAAGAGGAAGUGGAUCCGCUGCUCGGCUCAGGCCACCGUCCUGCACCUCAAGAAGUUCAUCGCCAAGAAGCUCAACCUCACCUCCUUCAACGAGCUGGACAUUUUAUGCAACGAGGAGAUCCUGGGCAAGGACCACACUUUGAAAUUUGUUGUUGUGACAAGAUGGAGAUUUAAGAAAUCUCCGCUCCUUCUCCACUACAGACCGAAGAUGGACCUCCUGUAGCCAGAACUCCCGACUCUUUGGUUUGGUUUCUGUUGUCUUUUUUACCGUGUUUUGUUUUGUGUCGGACAGCGGGGGUCUCGGUAGGACCGUUUUGCUCGCCCUCUGUGUCACGUGUCGCCGAUGGGAUAGUUUUUCUUUUUGUACUGAGAAACCCGCGGGGAGAGAGAGACCGACCGUGGUGCGAGAAUCCACACCAGCAGAACUAGAGCUGAAUGAGGCUUAAUCGACAGGACGAACUAACACACAACGCCCACCUCCAGCACACAAUGCUCCCUGGAAGCUCCUGGAACUAAGAUCAACUUUUUUUUUUUUUUUUUAUUAUUGUGCGUUCGCUACGUCCUAAAUAUGUGAACGGAAAAAAAGAAUUCCCGCUGGAAAAAGAGCAUAUAUUUAUACUUUUGUACAGACGAGAAACAUGGAGCCGUGAAUAUAUUGGUGCUCUGUUUACACACAAACCACAAACAAACAAACAAACAAACAAUGCGAUGUCGUUGAGGGGGGUUUGGGGGAGUAACCCAUGUUUUUCUUUUUAUUUGUACUAUUCUUUUCGACCUACUUCCUGGUGAAACAUUGGAUGGGAAGGAGGAUGUUUUUGAUACAAGGUAGGUUGCUUCCCAAAUAACUGUAGUCCCAUCAGAGCAUCGAUAAAGUUAUAUCCAAGAUGUAAUUUUUCUUAAGUUGUUUAUCAAACCAUGUUUCUGUUUUCGUUUAUUUUAUUUACUUUUGGGUUCUUCAGAUUGUCAAAUUGUGAAUAGGCUGACUUUUUUGUGUAGUAAUUUAUGUUCUAUAUAUAGAUAUUGUACAUAAAAUGUCAUUACAAGAGUGCGAGAGAGAGAGACAGAGAGAGACAGAGAGAGAGACUUUAGACUGUUAAAAGAUGGGAUUCCAGAAGUGCUAUCUAUAUGUUGGGCCUCAUGUAUGUAGUCUGGCUUUACAAAUAGGUUCACAAAGACCCGCUAUCCGUAUCAGAAUAUAUAAAUCUACAUCUUUAUUUUGUCUGAAGAAGGCACAAAAAAUGUUUAUCAAAUCCUCCAUUCUAUGUGUAUUCGGGGCCUUCGUAUGCUUUUAUUUUGGUAAAUUGCUGUUAUGUCUGGUUUUCAGCUAGAACCAGAAAUCCAACCUUCAGUACCCCACAUUCAUCCAUCCCUCCCAACUCAAAUACUAUUUCAUUCAACAUGCUGUUACUUUUUAAAUACGGUACAACAGAAAAGUGCAUCAAACUGUCAUAAAAAAUUCCCCGGAAAACGCU